AGCUGCAGCAUUGAAAGAUCAAUUGGUUUCUCGGUUACAAUUUUUGCAGUGGGUCGCUAAUUACGAAGCGGUUCCGUUUUUUACUUCAACAGCUCAGACCGAUGUUAUUUGGAGAUCCUUAAUUGCUGAUCCAAUUGGCAAGCAAGAACAAGACGAGGCCUUUUCAUAUUUAGAUAAUAUAAUAGAAUAUGACCAUUUUAUUAGUCAUUUCUUUAAUAAUCGAUUAUCAAAAUUAGAUGUUAGAUAUUUUUCAGAUCAAGCGUUCAAAUAUACAAAGAAUUGUUUACUUAAAGUUAAUACGAAAAAUUCAAGAUUACGAUCAGCUUCCCCAACAACACAAUCACAGUCACAAAGCCAAUUAAGUAUUCUUGUUCAAGGUGAUCUUAUUGGUAUAGAUCUUAUUUGGGACAUUGCUCUUCGUGCUGAAGAGGAAGCAGUUGGCAAAGAAGCUAUUGUCUUUUUAGUGUAUCUUCAUUUGAAUGUUAGCAAAAAUUAUACCACUUUAUCUCGUCAACAUCGUGAAGCAUUAGUUGACAAAUGUGUUGGGCAUCUAUUUGCCGCUGCAAACGGCUUGUCGAAUUCUUUACUCUUCCCUGCAGAGAAUUACGACUUAAAGCAAGGAAAUAAACAAAGUGUGAUGUUAGGAGUUGGCAUGUCUGACGAAACGCAGAUACUAUCUACUAACAAUGAGACAUCUAACGCCUUGAAGUUUAAGAGAUGUUUACAGGUGUUAAAGUCUUUUAUGGAUUUGUUUGAUACAAAAUAUAGCCAUUCGCAGAUUGAACAAAGACCAAUCAGGAGGCAUGGUAUGCUUAAUGAUGGAGAGAUGAUCACUGUAAAAGUCACCAUAAACAAUGCUAGUACUGUACUUUCUUUGCGCCAAAAAGUUGCUUCACGAAUCGGAGCACCACGACCUGGAAGUAUUCGAUUGUUCUUUUCCGGAAAAGAGUUACACUCUGAAGAUAAUGCUACUACUUUAAAGAAGCUGAAAGUUGUAGAUCGUCAAGCAUUCAUGGCUACUAAGCGCGCAUCGGAUGCCAGAAAUGGACAAGAUAACGAAAAGGCUGAAAUAUCCUCAGAUGAAGAGAUUCUUGAUUGGUUGUUAAGAGGCGGUGAUGAAACUACAAAUGGUGAUGAAUGGAGUAUUCUUUUUGUUGAAAAUGGUGGCCUAGAUUAUUUGCUCUCGCUGUUAACGAUGCAAGAUGCUGCUAAUGAUAUUGAAAACUUUGCCGGAGAUCAUCAAAAAAACAAUUCUCCUACGAAUUCAGAAGUAUUUAGACGUUUUGACUCCAACAUUUUGAUUGCAAAAUUGAUUGAUAUUAUUGGGAAGUGUGUAGAUCCUUCACAAUAUCAAGCACUUUCGAGCUUUAUCGAAUUUCAAGGCUUGCGUGAAUGGUUAAUGUCAGCUCUUGUUGGAUGUCGGUCAGAAGAGGCAAGAAACCUUUUAGAACAAAAUCUUCUUCGAUUUUGUGAAGAGAUCACUAGCAAUGCAACCUUCGAUGGAGCCUUGGUUCGAUUACCGCCUUCACUUGAAACAUUUCUCACUUUAUUAUGGUCAUUUUUACCAGACGUAGAAAAUUAUGUAGACACUAGUAAAGAAUAUUUUGAACUAAUGGGACAUUUGAUGCCAUAUAUAACAAAAUCUGCUCGCCAAUUUAAUUCUCCUAAUGAAGAUACUGUUAUUGUUGGUUUAAUACAAUUGAUGACAAUCAUCAUUGCAGAGCAUCCAGAAUUUAAGCGUCUUCCUAAUGACGAGUAUGGAUCUGUUCUUCCUCCAAAAUGCAAACUUGAAGCUUCAAGGACUGCAGCUUUGGAUUUAUUAAAUGAGCUCGUUAAGGAUUGUCCAGAAAAUUGUAACCGAGAAACCAAUUGA